AUGUUUCCAACUGGGGGCCUCAUUGUCUUCUGUGGGCUGCUGGCCCAGACCACAGCCCUGCAGGAAGCCUUGCCCUCACCCUCAGACCAGACCCUGCCCUGGUCUGUGACUCUGACCCUGGCCCCAAGUCCCAGAGAUCUUGCUGGAAGCUUGACCAGUGCUCUCAGCAAUGGCUUGCUCUCUGAGGGUCUGUCGGACACUCUCAAAAACCUUGAGCUCUCGGGCACCCUGAAAACUGGAGGAGUCAUUCCCAAAAACCUGUUUGGGGCCAUGCUUGGAAAAAUGACUUCAGUGAUCCCUUUCCUGAGCAAAAUCAUUAAGUUGAAGAUCACUAAUCCCCAGCUGCUGGAACUCUGCCUUAAGCAGAGCCCUGAUGGCCGUCAUCUCUAUGUCACCAUCCCUCUGAGCAUGGUCAUCAAUGUGAAUAUACCCCCGUUCAGAAGUCUGUUAAAGCUGGCUGUGAAGCUAAACAUCACCGCAGAACUCUUAGCUAUGAAACAGAAACAGGAGGACAUCCGCCUGACCCUUGGCGGCUGUGUUCACGCCACUGGCAGGCUGCAACUCUCCGUGCUUAACAGGCUUAUCAACAGGAUCAGUGAGAUGCUUCCUAAUGUGGUGCAAGGCAAGGUGUGCCUUCUGGUCAGUGCGGUUCUCGGCUGCUUGGACACCACCCUGGUGCGAGCCGUUGCCGAUGAGGAGACUGAGGGCUUGGGGUAUGUGAAUGACUUGCACAAGAUCACAGAGUGA